AUGCCUUCCCAAGUCAAGUCAGGCUGCGAAAGUCUCGGUGAGCUUGCACCUCAGGAUCCAGAUGUUGUGGACAAUCUGGCGAAGGUAUUGCGGAGAAUAUGCGACGAGCCGGAGGAGUUUUCCUUCCGCAGCCUGAACUUAGUCGACGACGAGUUCAGGGACAACCUGGGAGCCAACGAGGAGGCGCAGCAGUUCCUGGAAGAGCUAGGAUUCGAGCUGAUCGAGGAAGGUCCUCAGUCGUUUAUGGUUUUCAUGCAAGAGCAGGUGGAAGGCUUGCGAGGAGCCUUGAAAGAUGUAGAGGCCCGGUUGAAAAAACUCGGUGUCAACCCAGCUGUAGAGAGCAACGCCUGCAACGUGGCUGCUGACGACAACCUUGUCGAGUCCAAUGACGUGGUUGAGUGCAACAACGUCGAGUCGAAUGACGUUAGCUCUAAAGCUGAGCUGGGCUCCGGGAAUGUCCCAACGAAGGACACAGAGAGCAGAAGCCAACUGCAGGAGGCAAGCCCAGCUGCUGACCCGAAGAGCCAGGGCGAAUCGCCGGCGAGCUGUGAAGUCACAGCAGCCCAACUCUCAGCCGAAGUCACCACGACAGGGAAGUGCUUGGGGUCCAGUGUGAUGGUGUUUUGGGUCCCAUACAGUGAACGAUGUUUCAAGUUUUGGAUACAUUCGCCUGCCUGCACGUUGCCUGCAGAUUCUCCCUUCUGGCGAUCAGCGUUGCCUCAAGUUGCCGGGGUCUCGUGA